UAUGAUCUGUGCGGUUCCUCCCGUUUAUCGAAUCCACCUGAAUCCGCCCCGGAACUUGUUAUGAACUUGAUAAUUUAGCGAGGAACAAUGUCAAUUAAUCUGACGAAAAACAAAGAUGCCUUGGUGGCAGCUUGGCACAGCGUGGUCGACGAUAAAUUGUCUACUAACUGGGCUGUAUUUGGCUACGAAGGACAGACCAAUAACUUAAAAGUAGUCGGAACAGGAGAUGGCGGAUUGGAAGAGAUGAUUGAUCGACUGAGUAGUAGUCACAUCAUGUACGCAUUUUGCAGAGUUAUCGACACUAAAACAAGUCUACCAAAGUGUUUGCUUAUUAAUUGGCAAGGGGAAGGUGCUCCAAUCGUUAGGAAAGGAACAUGCGCCAAUCACAUUAGAGAUAUAGAAAAAUUAUUGAAAGGAGCACAUAUAACAAUUACGGCACGUUCCGAAGAUGAUGUAGAGGUAGAUGCAAUUAUGGAAAAACUUGCGCGAGCAACAGCCUCGGCGUAUAAAUUUAAUGAACCUCGUAGUGAAAACGAAGGACAUACAGGUCCUGUUGGAACAACAUAUCGCAGAGUGAUCCCUGCACAAGAAAUAAAUGCAAUGGAAAGGGAUCAGUUUUGGGAAAAGGAAGAAAUGGAAGAAAAAAAAAGAUUGGAGCAAGAACGACUACGUUGUGAACAAGAGCGACAGAAAUUAGAACAAGAAAUGAGAGCUCGAGAAGAAAAGGAAACACAAUUGAGAGAGCAACAAGUAACUGCUAAGGAAAAUUCAAUCGCUCGUCAAAAGUUAGCCGAGCAACGUGCCGAAGAAGCAAAUAAUUUACGCAAUCAAAAAGCUGCUCAAAAUUACAACAGUGGUGUUGAAGAUGAUCAUAAAUCGCGAAGUGAAGAACUACGAAGACAAAGGAGCAAAGAAACACAACAAUUGAUUGCUCAAAGAACAAUAAACGCUCGAGCGAUAUUUGAACAGAAUUCGGCGGCCGGCCAGAUGAAGGCGACUUCGGCACAACAAUUUUUACCUAAGAACAAUCAUGUAGAGUCUAUGAGAAAAGCGUUAGAAGAAGCUCAGAUAAAAGACCAACCUGAUGUAAAGUCUUGCGAGGAGACAUUGGCCGAAACAAAAAAACCUACAAAUGCGGAAACAGCGACGAUUUCUUCGUCCAUAGUGCCUCAAUCUCAAAAUACCAAUCAAGAAUUGAAAACUAUCACCAAUCCGCAAUCGGAACAAACAGCAGAGACUAAGGAGCAAGUCACUGAAAAUGAAUUAUACAAUCAAUUAGAUGGCUCGUACUUAUAUUUCGAUCCGAAUAACGAGGGAAUGAAAGCUAGAGCUUUGUAUGACUAUCAAGCCGCUGACGACACAGAAAUCACAUUUGAUCCUGGAGAUAUAAUCACACACAUAGAUGCAAUUGACGAAGGCUGGUGGCAAGGACUUGGACCUGAUGGAACAUACGGACUUUUCCCCGCUAAUUAUGUUGAAGUUAUCGAGUACAAUACAACAUGAUA